CAAAAAUUAAUUAAAAAAACAUCUACAAUUAAAAUAAAUAAUGGGAAAAUACUCGGGAUUCGUACAUCCACAUACAUAUUAAAUUUAAAUUACAAGUGGACCCCGUUUUUAUCUUUUAGAUUUUCGAUAAGAAACCCUGAGAAGUUGAUAAAACUGUCGUCAGUCAGGUCGGUUUCGCGGCUCGUUCGGUGAACAACGCGACUAUUUUUGGUUCUGGGAGUGUGACAGAAACGCAAAAAUUAAGGCGAGAUGUCCCUUUUGGAACAAACUCGAAGUCUUCAACACGUCCAAGGUCUCGUCCCAGGUGGUCCACCCAUGAUGGCUCCUCAUUCAAUGGACGGACCACCAAACUCAGAUGUUUUACUUGCACUUUUAGCCAGAAAUAAAACUUUAGAUGCUACAAUUCCUAAGUGCGGUGGAUGCCAUGAAAUGAUUUUGGAUAAAUUCAUAUUGAAAGUCUUGGAUAGAACAUGGCAUGCACGAUGUCUUCAAUGUAACGACUGUAGGAUUCAAUUGACCGAUAAAUGCUUUGCGAGAAAUGGACAGCUUUUCUGUAAAGAUGAUUUUUUCAAUGGGUGCAGAAGAUAUGGCACAAAAUGCGCAGGUUGCGACUUGGGUAUACCACCAACUCAAGUAGUCCGUAGAGCUCAAGAUAACGUAUAUCAUCUCCAAUGCUUCUCAUGCGUGAUGUGCGCUCGUCAAUUAAACACCGGCGAUGAAUUCUACUUAAUGGAAGAUCGAAAAUUGGUUUGCAAGCCGGACUACGAAGCAGCAAAAAGCAAAGCGGCCGAAUGUCUCGACGGUGAUCAACCGAACAAACGACCGAGAACCACCAUCACCGCCAAACAACUAGAAACUCUCAAAACGGCUUAUAAUAAUAGUCCGAAACCGGCGCGGCACGUUCGCGAGCAAUUAAGUCAAGAUACAGGAUUGGACAUGAGGGUGGUACAGGUAUGGUUUCAAAACAGGCGGGCGAAAGAGAAACGAUUGAAAAAGGAUGCUGGAAGAACCAGAUGGAGUCAAUAUUUUAGAUCAAUGAAAGGCGGAUCUAGUCCUAGGCACGACAAAUUAUUGGAUAAAGAUGAAAUGAAGGUUGAUUUGGAUAGUUUUAGUCACCAUGAUCUCAGUGAUGAUAGUUAUGGAACUGUUGUUAAUAUGGGAAUAGACCAAGAUGGAUCAUCGCCUCAUAGUGGAGCAGGAAGGGGGCCAUCUUUUCUGCAUGGCGGGGCAUCACCUUCGUUUAUUCCAGGACAUACACCCCCGCACGGGCACGACCAUUUUCCAUACGCAGAUCAACUUUACACAUCUAUUGGUCAAAGUCAUCAGCCAGGAAUGGGUUUACCGCACGGUAUGCCACCAGGAGCUGAUACGGAUAUAAGCAACGAUAGCAGUCCUCGAGGCUACCCGGAUUUUCCUCCAAGUCCUGAUUCGUGGCUUGGCGAACCGUCCAACGCUCACUACUGACCUCUGUUGUUGAGACAACGAACUAAAACGAACUAAAAACAAAACCGAACUAUAUGUAUUAUCGUUUUCUGUUUCGUUAAAUUUUUAUCGGGAAAUACAGCAAAUCGAUUUACGAGUGAAACAUUAAAAAUAAACAAAUAUAGAAAGACGAAUGCGUGCAACAAAAAGAAUACACCGAAUUUCAAUAUAAAAAAAGGUGUACUUGUGAAGAGACUUUUGCGUGAGUUAAAUAAAUUAAACGUAACGUUCCUUUAUGUUGUAUAAAGUAAAUAUAGUUAUAUUAUUAUUCUAGUCAAAAAAGGAAAAAAUGAAUCUAAAUGAGGAAACGUGUCCAUUUAAAAAAUAAUAAAGAUACAAAAAUCUAGUCGUCGAGUAUUGUUUUUCUUUUGAAUAAAAUAUGAUGAAAUAAGA